AUGGCAUUGGAGGGAGAGGGACCUGUCACAGCCGAGCCCUUGAAUAAUGACCAAGCAUACGUUACAGAAGUCGAGUUUGGAACGCCAGCUCAGAAGCUGAAGAUGAUACUGGAUACUGGUUCCUCGGAUGUUUGGGUCCAAUCUUCAGAUUCAGUAUACCGCGUCAACGAAGAUGGCCCCUGGGCGCCUCGAUACCUGCCAAACAAUUCCAGCACGUCCAGCCGCGUUGACAAGGCCGUCUGGGGCGUUCAAUACUUGGACGGAACCACGGCGACCGGCAUCGUUUAUCGUGACACACUCCGGUUGGGCGGCUUCGAAAUCAAGCAUGUCGCUAUUGAAUCGGCCCAGAUCAUGGCACCCCGGUUCGAACGGGAAACCAGUGUCAGCGGCAUCAUGGGGCUAGCAAAACAGCUCCCCAACAACAUCACGCCUCCCACCCCGUCAUUCCUCUCCGUACUGCGAUCGCAGUUAAAGAAGCCGGUUUUCACAGUCGACCUGCGCCGAAACGCGCCCGGCCGCUUCGACUUUGGCUAUAUCAACGAAUCCAUGGCUGCAGACAACAUCACAUGGCUGGACUCAAACCCAGAUAGCCCCCACUGGGACAUUGAACUAGACCUCACCGCUUGGCGUGGUAAAAACCCAAUGUGGAUGUAUCACAAGUUUCAGGCCACCGUCGACACCGGCACGUCUCUCUUGUUCUUGCCGGACCCCCUAGCCAGCCGAUACUGGGCAGAUGUCCCGGGUGUCCAGAGAUCGGACCUGCUCUCAGGCGUAUACAAAUUCCCAUGCGAGGGCGCUCAAGAUCUCCCCGAUCUCCUAUUCAAGCUUCCAAAAACGGAACAUGUUAUUCGUAUACCAGGCCCAUAUCUCAACUACGGUCCGCUCGACACAGAACCCUCCCUCUGCUGGGGCGGCAUGCAAAGCGCCAAAGACAUGGACGUGACUGUUCUGGGCGACGUGAUGCUCAAAGCGAUUUUCGUUGUCUUUGAUGUUGACAAGAACAGAAUUGGGUUAGCUAAUAAGAUUCUUUACGAUGCAAAGAUGACGCAUACAGUGGGAGGAAGCAAGUAUUUAACUUUCUAG